AUUUAAACUCUAUCUAUGUUUACCUUUUAUACCUACGUCCUGUGAAACCAUGGUGAGGACGAACGCUUUGAAAAUGGCUGCCCCCAUAGAGUGUAUGUUUUAAUUUGUCUUAUAUUUACACAGUGGAAGUGAUUCAAUCGAGAGAUUUGCAUCAAAUUAGCCAGGUAUCUAAAGGAAAAAGGAAUGACCAGAAAACAUGUCUAGUUUGGUACCAGGAAGUUUAUUUUACGCCACCGGAUUAAACAGAAAACAUACUCCAACACCUACCACUAUAUCAAAUGAGGAAUUAGAAAAAAGAUAUGCCAGGGAACCAUUUAAUGGUCGUCCAUGGCCAGCAGCUAGUCCAGUAUCUGGCGUGUAUGACAUAAGAAACUCUACCACAAGACUAAUACUACUAAACAACAGGAGGAAGAAGGAUAGUCAACUACGAGGACGUAGUAAUCCAAGGAAAGAAGAACACAGGUAUCCUGAGCCUGAAAGACACUCAAGAUCUUCCACACCAGUAAACAGAGAAUAUCAUACCAGCUGUUUAGAUUCCAGUUCACCUUAUUAUGAGCCAGAUGUAGAUUUAGAUAUGGAUUGGUUGAACCGAUCACAACGCCCACAAAAUAGAUUCGCAGCGGGCUCAGCUGUGAAUCCGAAACGUCAUACGUCCUGCCAAGUUCCUUCUGAACCGAGGGCAUUUGAUAUACGAUUGCAUUCACCGAGCGGACGGCCAAAUAGUAGAACAUCAUUACCCGCCAAUUUUGGGAAAAGUCCGAUGAUGGGUCAAAGACAGUUAUCACCCGGAGAGCAACGAUAUUUUACCAGUAUAUCGAGGGUGUAUAGUAACAAUCAAAUGAUUCGAUUAAAACGAAGACAAUACAUAGAUCUACUUAAUCAACAAUUGUCAAAAGGUUUAUAUACACAGAAAGAAUACGAACGAUACAGAGAUUUUAUAGCAUUAGGAAGACAACGACAGUACAUGCAAAUUCAAAGCAGAGCAGUGUCAGCUCCUGUCAGAAGAAGUACUUCUACAGGAAAUGAGACAAGCAGAAGUAUAUCUUCAGUUUCUGUUGACGAUAAAUCGUCAAUAUCAGAAAACAAUACAAAAACCAAAUCGGAAAAGGAUGAGUCGCCAUACAAGACAACACAGCAAACCAAACGCUCUCAAACCCCGGAUAAACGACCACAGAGUGUAAAAUCUAACUCUUCAAUGAAGAGCACAUCGUCAGGGCGAAAGUCCCCAGAUAGGUCAUCAAGGUCAACGAGUGCAAAAUCAACGUCAUCUUCCGUAAGGGCUGACAACAACAAACAAUCGGAGGAACAAGCAGAGUUAAUUAAAGCAGAAUUAAAAUCCGAAUCUAAUGACAUUGAUGACAAACAAAACGACAAUAUAGCAAAGCAAGAAGAAACAACGGGAAACGAUUCAGAUACAAAUAUCCCUUCUGGUAAACAGUAUUCAGCACGAGAAGGUCAUGACCGACCUAAAUCGAGGCUAGGACAUAUCCCAGGGCGAAGUGCAAAUACAGAAGACGACGACAAAUCUUUGCAAGAAAAAGACAGUAAAGAAGACGAUAAAACUGAAACUGAGAAAGUAUCUCAAAGUGACAACGUGGAAAGUACCGAAGAAUCUACGCAACAUUCGGAACAGAAACCACAGGAAGAAAACAAUCAAAAGACUAAAAAAUCCAGUGAUUCAGACAGUGAUAGUUCUAGCGAAGAAGAGAAAGAUCCAGAUAAACUUCAGUACUGAUGAAGUUGUACACACUUUUUUGCAUUUUGAUGUACGUUAAAGUACACACUUUUACUACGUUUAAGGAACGCCUGUGUUUUUCAAAAUACACAACAAUGUGAUAUAAUUAGCAAACUAGAUCUUACGGCUAGAACGAUUUAGUAUGACAAUGUGGUAACACAAAAUAUUUGUUUUUUUUUCAAAUUUAUUAAAAUAGUUCACGCCUAA